ACUGUCUUUAAAUUGUUCUGGGACUCAUCGGAUGCAGAGGACUUCUCCAGAGAACUCCUCAACGCAGCAACCGUUGCCAGGAAGUGACGUAGCUUAGUUACAAGGCACUAUGUGACACCCACGGCAGCAGCCCGCUGACUGUAUACAGAUAACUAUCAUCCUGUUUUGAAAGCCUGUUCAAAGUAACACACAUUUUUAAUGAAGAAAAUGCACUUGUAACAUCAUAUACUAUACUGUGCGACUCUUCUCACGGGCCAGUCUGUGAGGAACACUGCCAUGUUUAACCCUAAUGAACUAGAGGGUGAAGUAGAUCAUUCGUUUUUUGACAGUGACUGUGAAUCUUCCAGCGUCAGUAAGGAUGCUGGGAAAAAGAUGGAGAAAUGCCUGAAAGGUGAAAAGGACAAUCAACCAGCUCAGGAGAGGCUAAAUGGAAAACAAUAUGAAAAUACAAAGGGUGGAUUAUCCCCAAGGACCAAUGGCUCAACAAGACAACUGGCACCACUCAAGAGCAUCAGUAGCAACAGAGCAGAACAGAAAGAAAGCAGCUGCCAAUCAACAGAAGAAGAGAGGGGCAGCACGUCCAGUGUUUCCUCUGUUGCCAGUACUUCAGACCAUGUCAGCAGUGAUAGCAGUGAAAGUGAAGAGGACAUUAAUUUAUCCUCUAAAAGGCCAAAUGGAACAGUUAUGUCUUGGUUGGCUGAAAACAAAGAGGUAGAUAAUAAAACUGUGUUCCAACAAAGUCCAAAUAACACCGAAGGAGAAACUCUAUCAUCCGAUAAUAAACUCUCAGGCUCAAACGGGAGAAAUAAACAAUCUCCUAAAAGAUGGAUAAGAAACCGACGGACAAGAAGUCCAUCCCCCAUUUCAACUGAGGCCAGCGUUGACGCAGACUCUGAGAGCUCCUGUAGCAGUGUCAAACAGACACGCGGUUCAGGGCCCCCCAUCCUUCCCAGGCCUGGCAAAUCUCUAUCCCCAGGAGUGAGAAGGACCUGUGGAGGGGGCUCAGCAGGAUCUCAGGAUGUAGCUGUUGACCCUACAGAAGAGGCAGAGGACACUGUAACAGAUGUGAGCCCCCUCUCCUCUUCUGACUUCAGCCCGCAACAUUCAUUGGAACCAUACCCCAGGGAGACCAAAGAAGGAGCUCUUACAGAGCAGCAGGAGGAGGAAAGUGUGCCCUCCAGUGGCCUUAGCAACACACAGCAAGAUGAGGACUCAGAUCAGGACAAUGAUGAUUGCUCUCUCAGCUCAGACAGCCAAUUCGGAAGCAGAAUGGUCAUCCUCAAUCCUGGGGGAAGACACAGGAAAAACUAUUCCUUCACCAACGACCAGGUUCGAAGCAUAGAUCAAGAGAACCAGCGGCUUCUUCGGGAGCUUUCACGCCUCUCUCCAGGGCCCAGACCAACAAGUAUGGCAGGGAAGAAAACUAGCAUGGCCAAUAACUCACCGCUCAUUCGCCUCUCUCAUAGCGCACGCAACAGGCAGCGGGAACAGCAACGCAUUGAGAGGGAGAACCUGGCUUUCCUGAAGAGGCUGGAGUCUGUCAAACCUACACCUGGGCUAAAGCGCUCACAGCAGCUUUCAGACUACCAGCGACAAAUUUCACACGUGGGAGGUCCUUCUUACCCUGUCUGUUUGUCCACAACAAAGAAGGAGAGGUCGACCAGCAAGCCACCUUCAGAGGGGGCCAGGCCGGUCAGCUCAGUCCAUUGCAGCCCCAGACUGGUUUCCACCAGCACCAACUCCAGAAACACACCAGUACCAAGGUCAAAAAAACCAAGUGCAGUCCGGCCUGCUUGGUGCUGAGAACUCUACAGACAUCUGAUCUACAAUAUAUAACAAUGCUUCUGGUUCGAUGUUGGUUCCCAUUCUUCUCAACAGGAUCAGUUUUGUGGGAACCAAGACUAUAGGUCACAUAUUCAUACAUGUAUGGAUUUGCUAUAUCUUUAGUUGACAAACUCAACUAUUCUGUGCUUUGUAUUGUCAUAAUAAACAACUAUAAAGAUC